AUGACACUGGUUGGAAAAAUUUUGGGUCUUAGGCCAAAUAUUGAUAUUGUCAGGGCUUUUGAUAAACGUAAAUGGUCACUUAAAGGUCAAGUGGAGAUCACAACUAUGUCAAAAGGGGCGUUGUUUUUAGCCUUUUCAUGCAAUGAAGAUAUGUCACAAGUGAUUUGUGAUGGUCCCUGGCUGAUCGGUAAAGCACCGCUAGCUCUACAAAAAUGGGUGCCUAAGAUGAAACUUAAUGAAUCAUUUUUUGUCCAGGCUCCUGUUUGGGUUAGACUGUCGGGCCUUCCCUUAGAAUUCUCUAUGGAAGAUGUGUUUAAAGGUGUUGCUAGCUCUUUUGGUGAACUCCUCUCUAUGGACCCCAUAACUACGGCUAGAAGAAGACUUACUUUUGCAAUGAUCUAUGUCAGAGUUACGCAAGUCUCAAAUAUGCCUUUAUCCAUAGAAAUCAACUCUAGACUGGGAAAAUGGAACCAACCUCUGGAAUAUGAAAGUGUCUCUUUCGCUUCCUUUCAUUGCAAAAAAGCGGGACAUACAACAAGGAAAUGCCCUCUUCAAGUGGCCAAAGAGAAAGAAAAGAAAGAAAGGACAUUACAAUGGAAAGCAAAAAACCCUACUAAGCAACCAGAGAGCUUUGAAAAAGAGAAAAGAAAUGAAGAGGCCCAAAGUGCCAUUAUCCCUGACAUGAUAGAGCAACAAAUAGAUGUUAAUGAGGAAAACCCAGAAAUACCUUUGAAUGAUAAAGGUAAAAUGGAUCAAACAGGUAAAGAUGAUAGAGAACAACAAGAUACCAGUCAGGAGGAUCAAAAGAGUGAUAACUUGGAAGAAGGAGAGAUACAGGUGUUACAGAACAAUGAGGAAGCAAAUUCAAACCACGUUACAGAAAACACUAGCAGAGCAGGCCUCAGUAGUGACUUUGAAGAAGCCCAUAAGUGCUUGAUCCUUGGAGGGAUCUCGUUGUUAGGAUCACAACAAUCAGUAGAGAUGGUCCAAGCCACCAUCCAUCAAUCACCUACAACCUCAUUGCUUAAUGCUAAGUGGGCAAGAGGUCGACGAUGUUGA